CGGCCACGCCUCCUUCCCGCCCAGCUGUGGCCCCGGAUGACGCAAACCGGGAACAGCAGCUGAGCCUGCGCUUCGGAAGCAUGGAUGUGCGCCUGCGCUGCGCCAGGGCCCGGCGGGCGGUUUGAAUUUUGCUCCGGGAGUGACGUCUCACCAUCCCGGGCUUCCAGCGGAGACUGCUGUAUCCGCGGCUGAAGACCCAGCGGCGAGUAGCCUUUUGCUCCUGGACUGACUCGAGGUUGGAGUCUGUGUUGGGGACCCUGCCUUCGGAAGCGCCUGAGAGGCUUAAAGGAUGGCCUCCUCAGAUCUGGAACAAUUAUGCUCUCAUGUUAAUGAAAAGAUUGGCAAUAUUAAGAAAACCUUGUCAUUAAGAAACUGUGGCCAGGAACCUACCUUGAAAACUGUAUUAAAUAAAAUAGGAGAUGAGAUCAUUGUAAUAAAUGAACUUCUAAAUGAAUUGGAAUUGGAAAUUCAGUAUCAAGAACAAACUAACAAUUCACUCAAGGAACUCUGUGAAUCUCUUGAAGAAGAUUACAAAGACGUAGAACAUCUUAAAGAAAACAUUCCUUCCCAUUUGCCUCAAGUAACAGUAACCCAGAGCUGUGUUAAGGGAUCAGAUCUUGAUCCUGAAGAACCAAUCAAAGUAGAGGAACCUGAACCCAUAAAGAAGCCUCCCAAAGAACAAAGAAGUAUUAAGGAAAUGCCAUUUAUAACUUGUGAUGAAUUCAAUGGUGUUCCUUCGUACAUGAAAUCCCGCUUAACCUAUGAUCAAAUUAACGAUGUUAUUAAAGAAAUCAACAAGGCAGUAAUUAGUAAAUAUAAAAUCCUACAUCAGCCAAAAAAGUCUAUGAAUUCUGUGACCAGAAAUCUCUAUCACAGAUUUAUUGAUGAAGAAACGAAGGAUACCAAAGGUCGUUAUUUUAUAGUGGAAGCUGAUAUAAAGGAGUUCACAACUUUGAAAGCUGACAAGAAGUUUCACGUGUUACUGAAUAUUUUACGACACUGCCGGAGGCUAUCAGAGGUCCGAGGGGGAGGACUUACUCGUUAUGUUAUAACCUGAGUCCCUUGUGAACUUUUGAACGUACCAACAGGGUAUAGAGUGUAGAGGCUAUUUCUAUAAUUUUCUUAUAUAUAAUUUUUUUAACUUUUAAUCUUUUUUGUUUCCUUUUUUUUUGAGACAGGAUCUUGCUUUGUCACCCAUGGUCUUGCUUUGUCACGCAGGCUAGAGUGCAGUGGCACAAACAUGGCUCACUGCAGCCUCAACCUCCCAGGCUCAAGUGAUCCUCCCACCUCAGCCCCCUGAAUAGCUGGGACUACAAGCGUGCGCCACCAUGCCUGGCUAAUUUUUGUAUUUUUUGGAGAGAUGGGGUUUCACCAUGUUGCCUAGGCUGGUGUUGAGCUCCUGAGCUCGAACAAUCCACCCUCCUCAGACUCCCAAAGUGCUGGGAUUACAGGCGUGAGCCACCAUGCCCGGCCAAGCUUAUGUAUUUUCAAGAUUCACCUCCUCUCACCAAAUAUUUAACUACCUGCUGAAUACACUUCUGUAUUAGGCACAUAGUGGGACUAAAAAAUGCUCAUGUCCAGUUUUUGUGUUGAGUGGACAAUGCUGCAGACCUUAAUAAGAUUGGGCACAGAUCGGCAUGCGCCUGUAGUCCCACCUACUCAGGAGAAUUGUUUGAACCCAGGAGGUGGAGGUUGCAGUGAGCCGAGAUCGCGCCACUGCACUCCAGUCUGGGCAACAGAGCAAGACUCCAUCUCAGAAAAAAAAGAAAAAAGAAAAAAAGAUUGGGUACAGAUGUGAUACUGGAAGAAAAAGAUCAAGAUGAUGAGGUUAGGAUACCCAGGCCCUUUGGACUUAAAGAUCAUUAGUGUCUAAAUUCCAUCGAUGGCAUUUCAGUCUAUAGGUAAACUUCCUGGAAGCUGGAUUUGGAGACAGUUUAUCAUCUGAUUAUUGGGCUUUCCUAUAGGUCCUUAGGGAGCAGCUUACCUGAAAUGCAUUUAGUGUACACCAGUCUGUAAACUUCAACCUGUAAUGAAAGUGUAAUAAAUGUACAUUGAGUUGAUGUGAUAAUGUGAUAUAAUAAGAAAUACAUAUUUGAUCUUCCUAUCCAGUUUCUUGUUCAGAGCUCCUAAAACCCUUGUAAUUUCCAAAGUGAUGGAGUACAUCUUUUGUUCUAAUAUUUGGUCUUUGACCCCAGUUCCUGACACAAAGCUCCUAAAUUCCUUUGAAUUUCCUAGUGAUAGGAGAAUUUUUUGUUCUAAUGAGGUAACUCUUGAUGGGCACCUGGGUAACUCAGGAUGGGGGCUGCUCACAAAGACCACAUCAUGAUUAGAAGUUUCAAACUUCUAAUGGGAGAGGGGCUGGAGAUUGAGUGAAUAAUCCAUCAAGCCUAUGUCAACAAGACAUAAUCCCUUAACUAUGGAAUUCAGGGAGCUUCAGGGUUGGCAAACAUUUUGAUAUGCCAGGAAGGUGAUGCACUCCAGCUUUAUGAAGUCAGCAAGGCCUGUUCUCAGGACACUUCUGGACCUUGCCCCAGGUACCCCUUCAUCUGGCUGUUGUUCAUUUGUAUCCUUUGUAGUAGGCUUAAAAUAAACUGGUAAACACAA